AUGCAACAAACUCAGCAAAAUUGGCCUUAUUAUCCAAUCAAGAAAGAACUCAAACACGGGAUUCUAUUUUUCUUCUUAAUCGUGGCCACCAUUGUUAGCUGCAAGCUUUUAAAUCCCACCUCGUUUUUCAACACCAGUUUCUUGCCCCGAAUUUUACCCGAAAAAGAUCCGGGCUCGAAGAACGAAUGCGAUUUUUCCAAUGGAAAUUGGAUAUUCGACGAAGAUCAACCUCGUUUGAGGUAUUCGGAGAAUUGCCCGUUUCUAGAUCCUGGUUUUCGAUGCCAACAAAACGGGAGAAAAGAUUCGGAUUAUCAGAAAUGGCGAUGGCAGCCCAAGGAUUGUGAUAUUCCAAGAGUGCCUUACCUCGUGAUAAUCGAUCGACCUCCGAAAAACGUGUCCAAAGAGGUGUAUGGAGUCAUUAGGGUCGAUAGGCUGCAUUGGUACUCAGCCAAUUGGGUCGGGGCCGAUGUUUUGGUGUUCAGCGCAGGCCAUUGGUGGAACCAAGACAAGACGAUAAAAUCGGGUUAUUAUUUUCAGGAAGGGGAAAACGUGAACAUGUCGAUGGAUGUAAUGGAAGCUUUCAAAAGAUCAAUGAACACGUUGAGAGUAUGGGCAAUGCAGAGUUUGGUGCCGGGAAAAACACAAGUGUUCUUUAGAAGCUACUCACCGGUACAUUACAGGAAAGACGGGCACCCGUCGAGCAACCGUGAACCGGGCACGCCGCCUGAUGCUCCACAAGACUGCAGCCACUGGUGCCUGCCCGGAGUGCCCGACACUUGGAACGAUCUGAUCUAUGCCGAGCUAUUGCGAACGGGUUUUAGAACAAGGGAAAAGUGA